CCUUGUCUCGAUCCAUGGAGCCCAAGGAGGAGCUUCCGCUUACGGAGGUUGAGAGUGGAGAUUCAUCGACGGAGGAGGCGGAGUUGGAGUCCCCUAGGUCGGUGGUGUUACAGAUGAAGAAGAAACUAGACAGAGUACUUCAUAGUCAGGUUUUGAGAAUUAGACAGGAAGAUUCGCAUCUCGGCCAAGAUUUCAUCGCUGCCGGCGAUAAAGCGAUUAAUAAGAACCAAGUUGUUUUUGGAGGAGACGUCAAUGGUGGCGGUGGCGGAAUUUUUACUGAAAACACACGACGCCGUCUCAAACUGGUUCUUGUUUCGAAGCCGAUCUUGCCUUCCUCCCCUCUCAGCGGCAAGAACAGCGUUAAAAAGGCCUUGUAAUGAAGCA